AUGGGAUUGUGGCUGACGAAGUUGUACGAUGCAUUGUCAUCGUUUGGAGAGGAGGACCCGUCCAAAAUUGUAAUGUUGGGCCUGGAUAAUGCAGGAAAGACGACUAUUCUGUACAAACUGAAGUUGAAUGAAGUGGUGUCCUCAAUCCCUACCUUGGGAUUUAAUGUGGAGACCGUGACCCCGUGUAAAGGCGUGACAUUUACAGUGUGGGACGUGGGCGGUCAGGACCGGAUCAGACAGCUUUGGAGACAUUACUACAGCGAGGCGGAAGGUUUGAUGUUCGUGUUGGACAGCUCGGAUAGACAGAGAAUGUCUGAGGCCAAGGAAGAGCUGUUUGGGAUCGUAAACAGUCCGGAUAUGCCUGCCAGCUGUCCGGUAGUGGUCAUCGCCAACAAAAUGGACAUGCCGAAUGCCAUGAAACCCUCUGAAAUCAUUGACGCCAUGGAUUUACGUUCUUUGCGGAGCAGGAAAUGGCACAUACAGUCUUGCUGCGCUCCCACAGGAGAGGGAGUCUAUGAGGCUGUAACAGAACUUGGAAGGCUAGUCAAAGAUUACAAGAACCGACAAAGGUAA